AUGUCGCGCGUCUCCGUAUUUGCCGGGCAGAAGCCCAAGUCGAAGGAGUCCUUUAAGUUUCUGCGGCGCGAUGAGGGACGUCUGUCGUACUCGACCGCCACGGCAGAGUCACCGCCAAAGAGCGUUGCUAACGGCACCGACGGCGCCAACAGUAAUCGUGAGCGCCGCGACUCCAAAUCGCUACGCGAGGCUAUCGCCUAUGACAUGCGCAACGCCAAAAGUCAUGACCCGCUCGGUGAGGUGGUGGUGGCUGUCCCCCGCAAGGCACCUCCACCCAAUCGCGCGGCCAGUGCACCUCCAGUCAACCCCGGCGCGUCUAGUGGAACCGAAAAGCCGGCAGCCAUAGCGCCACUGCAACGACGGCCACCUACCCGUGCGGUGGGCCCGAAGAAGCCGGAGUGGGUCAACCCCGAGGUCGCAUCACCGCCGCCGCCGGUUUCAACGCGCUCAGAGGUGGAACAGUCGACCGACAACUUCUUUGAGGCUUCUUAUAGCGAUCCAUACAGCGGCGGUGCCUCAGCCCCGCCGAGUAGUAUCCGUCGGGCCGCCAGCCGUGGCUCGGACACUAACGGGGCCUACUUGAGACGAUAUGGUGGACUCACCCCACGUAGCGCCGUCAUGGGGGCGCUGCACUACGCUGCUCCCCAGUAUGAAGAAUCGAGCGCCGCGCCAUCGUCUGGGCCGGACCGCAACUACUUCCGUCGACCACCCUACCCCAACGACCCCAUCUUAGCUUCUGGCACACCCCUGCCAUCGGGCAGUCGCAGUCACGAGGAGGACGAGCUCAUCGCUAGCUUAGAACAGGAGAUUAAGGCCGCGCAGGAGGAGCGUAGUCACUACACGUACGCGAGACAGCAGCUAGAUCGGGAAAAGCAGCGCUUUGAGUCGUACCGCUACAGCACGCAGCAGCAAAUCGAGGACGAGCGCGCUGACGCCGGUGACCGCCGUUCGCGUGAACAGCGCGAUGCCCAAAAGGAUCGCCUCACAGAGGAGCGCUGCAAGAACGUGUCGGCGCUGCUACUAGCAGAGCGCGAGACGAACCGGCGCUUGACGCAGGAGAACGACUCGCUGCGGGCUCAGCUUGAGGACCUAACUUCGACGAUGCGCCAGACGCAGAGCAUACAUAAGGCGGAGGUGAGCCGCAUGCGCCGCGACAUCGACUCCCUGACGCGCCGCAACGCCGAGUUGCUCGCAAUGGCGAAGGAGCAGCAGCUGCAGGUCCUUAAAGCCGCGUCUGCCUCGCCGGCGACGCAGCAGAGAAGCACCUCUCGCCACUCCGUCUCUUGCGAUGCUUCCGCGCAGAAAGCCGCCUUGCCAUCGUACGAGGACAGCGAUGAUGAAAACGAUGUAGCCGCGGCGGGCGGGCGUCAGGCGUCGCGCGAGACCCCUCCCCCCGUAAUGGACUUCACUCCCCGCCCUGUUGGCGCCGAGGCGGUGGCGUGCGAGAAGCGCAAUCGGCAGAUGCAAGACCGCAUGCAGGCCGAAGAGGAGGCAAUGGAGGAGCGCAAGCGGCAACGCGAGAAGUGGAACGCAGACCGCAAGAGGGAGGCGCAGGAGAAAGAGGCGCGGCACCGGGCCGCUGUGGCCGCCGCCGCUGCCGCAACGGCGCGCCGCCAGCGUGAAGAGGAAGAGCAGCGAAAGGCAGCAGCAGCAGCAGCGAAGCCGGUAGAUGAGCGCAAGGUGUCGGGACACCCAGUUAACACGCCACGCGUGCAGUCCGGCGCGGCAUCCGUCAAGCGGCGCUCCUCUGCCAACGCGCCACAUCUUGUGGUGUCGUCGAAGCGGCACCACGUCCCCACUCGAGAGGAGCUGCUUGGUGACCUAGAGGAUUUCCCGUCGGAAAAGCUGCCCAACGACGACGUUGUGUCGCAGACAGUCCUCGGCGACAACCCAAACAAAAGAGAGGUGCUGUACCGCAGUGGCAAGCGGGAGAUCCACUACACGAACGGCACGGUGAAGGUGGUGCUGCCAUCAGGGCAUACGACGCUGCACUUCACGAAUGGCGACGUCAAGUCCACCUUCCCCUGUGGAAAGAGCACCUACUGGUACGACACGGCGCAGACGAUGCACGCGCAGAUGCUGGACGGCGUGCAGACCUUCGAGUUUCGUUCCACUGGGCAGACGGAGAAACACUUGCCGGACGGCACCAAAGAGAUUCUGUACCCGGAUGGCAUCUACAAGAUCGUGCGGCCCGACGGCAGCGACGAAACCUUCUACCCCAAUGGGGAGUCCCUGGAGUAG